AUGGCGUCUACAGCGUAUAGAGACAAAAGUCAAACUUCGGCUUGGAUCCCACCAGAAAGCCCGACUACCACAACCGCUGCCAACGCCGACUUUUCAACAGUUAAGAAGUAUUUUAGGCGAGAAAUUACCCAUGAUGAAGAUUCGAUAAGGCAAGAUUUAGGUAUACCUUCAGUAUCAACCUAUCCUAAGCAUCGGCAGUUCUUAUCGGGGUUCAAGAUAGUCUUUAUUGUUUCGGAUAAUCUCGAAGGUGCAUUCUACUUUGUGGAUGGAUGUAAGAUAAAAGAAGAUACGAAACGGAAAAAGAAUGAAUUCAUCAGUGUCGACGCUGUGGACGAGAAAGAACUGUUUGAAGAGAUAGUUUUAUGGAAUUUUGCAUCUAGGUAUAUUCGAAAUUUCGUUACUGAAUUGGGUGGCCAUUUUCAGGUCAUCUCUCAGUAUGUCAAAUUUGAAGAAAACCCUUCGAAUUUGAUAUUCGUUACCGCACCACAUGCCAAUCCCACGAUACCUAACCGAUACCUCAACCGACGAUCGACGUUGUAUUCCUCUCCUUAUCGCUUCAUUGAAUAUUUUGGUACUAGAGAAUCAGAUGGUAAAGAUGGGAAAAGUCAGAAAUCUACAUCUAGUGAAUCGGAAUUUGAUGAGAAUGGAUCAAGUGGGGUACAAGAAGAUAAGUUGGCAUCUAAGGUAGUAGAAGAUAUUGGUCGAUGGGAAAUAAAAACCAAGUCAAAUGAUUUGGACGGAGAUGAACAGGAUACGAAGAUAGAUGGUCCAGCUAGAAAGCUGGCAGUGGAUGAUGCUUGUAAUGAAGCUGGUCAAGUAGUGCAUGCGGUAAACGACAGAAAGAGGAUAGUGUCCGCGGAAACAGAGAAAGAUACUGAUAAGGAACAUUCGCCGAAGAAAGGAAAGACUCAUCAAUGA